UACCCACACAAAAAUUGGGGGAGAUUUUACAAACGGCCUUAUAAUUUCAUUAAAACGGCCACUCUCAAUCUCUCCCAUUACAUCAAAGAUUUAUCAGAAUUUUAAUGCUUGAAUUUCAAUAUCUCUGUGGAAUUGCAAGUUUGGCUAUUCUGGUACAUUGUUUUGUGGAAUUACAGAUUUGAUUUUUAUGAAAUGGGUUUGUGUGAAUCGGAAGUGAUGAGUAGACUAUAUUGUUUCCCUAUUGGUUUGAUCACCGAUAUGAUGGUGCAAUUGUAUUAGCUCUAUCUGAUCCAUUCUGUUGUAUGUGUUUAUUUGGUGGGUAUUGUAUUAUUUUGAUAAUUUCUGGGUUUGUUGUAAAGUUUUGAUCUCUCCCUCUCUCUCUCUCCCUCUCUCCCUCUCCCCCCUCUCUCUCCCUCCCCCCUCUCUCUUCCUCCCCCCCUCUCUCUCUCACUCCUGCCCUGUUGUUGGGUAUUGUUAUUGUAUUUGAUUAUUUGUGGGUUUGGUGUAGAGUUUUGAUUUUGUGAAUUGAGAAACACUGAAACAAACUCACUUUUUGUGUAGGGUACUGUUUUUUGUAUUGAUAUUUUGUGGUUUUGUUUUGAAGUUUUAAUUUUUGGGAGGGGGAAGUGUAAAAUAAUUGUAGACACACGCAAAGACACAUACUCUUUGGUAUUGUUUGAUGAAAUUGCUGGCAUGUUUUUUUUUUUUUGAAGAGAAGGAAAUGAGGAAUAAUAGAUUCCCUAUUGGUUUGAUUGCUGGAAUGAUGGCAACAAUCAUGUAUUAGCUCUAUCUGAUCCUUUAUAAUUGUGGAUAUUUAUUUGACAUUGGUUUAUGAAUUGAUGUCGGAUGCAAUUGUCGUCAAGUUUUUGUAUUUUGGACAAGUGAGAGAUAUAUUCCCUAUUGGUUUGAUCGCCAGAAUGAUGGCAAAAAUCAUGUAUAUGCUCUAUUUGAUCCUUUAGUUUUUCUGAAAUUUAUGGUAUUUGAUGUUUCUUUAGAUUUGGUAUUGUGAGGCACAUUCGAAGGUUUGACAAGUGAAACUAAUAAUCCAAGCUUGUUGAGCUCAAAAGUUGUGCUAGAUUGUUUGUUGUCGAAUUUGUAUCAUGUUCUUUAGCUACUUUUGUGGUUAUAAGAUCUUCAAGUUUGACAUACAGCCCUGCGUUAUUUUGAGUUAUGUUUCUUUUCCUCUUCAUGGUUUUUCUAGCUAGUUUGAGUGGGAUCUGUAAUGAAUAUGGAGCUGAGGAAAUUUCGAGACAAGAUUCGUCUAUCUCUUAACAGGAGGAUAAUUGAAGAGGAGAUUGAUCGUUUAGAACAUUGGUCGCUAAUUGAAAGAUGGCUAGUACUCCAGUAGUAUUAGAAAUCAGGCCAGACGAUAUGAUUGAAAUUGAGAAACAGCUGUGUGAAAAGUCUUAAGCAAGAACUGGAGAUGAGCUACAAGUUUGAGAAUGGAUGCAGAUCUAUGGCCUAUGGCCUUGUAUACGUUUUGUACUGUUGACUAACUUGGCUGUGAUGCAUCUUCUUUCAUCUGACAGUGAAGUCGUUAUCAGAAAUUACAAGAGGAACUGAGGAAGUGUGUGAAAGCCCAGGCGAGCAACUUAGAAGGCAGCAUUGAUCCUGUUCUUAGUUCAUAAUUUUAUGGUGAAACUUGUAGCAGCUAGUUUAAGUUUUAAGUUUUAAUCAGUUCAUUUCAACUUUCUCAUUAAUUUUGUUUUAGCAGUUCCAGAAGUUCUAACUUGUAAGAGAGGAUAGUAACACUUGUCCAACUUGCAAGAAUGUUCUUAAUACAAAAAAGAACUGAUGUUUAGUAUUUGCCACUUAACAGUAUAAACAGGAUGUAUCCUCCUUUGUUUUUCCGAAUUUUCUGAAUUAUCUGCAAGAGCUAGGUACAUAUAUUAGGGAUUGAUAAGAUUUUCCGAAUUAUCUGCAAGAGCUAGUCACUUUCGUACAGAGAAAGUGGAAUGAAGGUCAUUUUUUACCAUUAAAUCUUAAGCAUUAGUUAUCAGGACACUUUCAUAUAUGGAUGGUGGUGGGAUGAAGGCUCUUUUUUACCGUUAAAUCAAAAGCACCGGUCUUCACCAAAUAAGCAUAUGAGAGCCUUUACCUAUACUUUUAAACACAUUUUGAUAUGCACAUUUGAUUUGGUAUAUCCAAUUUUCCUUUCAUAUUAUGUUAUUUUAUUCAUCAUUCAAAGUGGCAGUUUUGUCAUUUUUUCGACAUUGGGAGCAGUCUAUCGAAAAUGGUAGUUUUGUCAUUUCUUUCGGGGGCAGUCAAGCGAGGAAAUGACUUGUAACAAAAUGGUAAUUCUAAAGUGCCAUUGUCCAUAUCACAACUCAUGUGGAGACUGAUGAGCAUUUAUAGAACUGAAGAAACCAUGUAAUGCAAGAUGAGGCUGGAAAUAUUUAUUGCCACAUGGAAGUUCAACUCAACCUGUGUAGCUGCCUUCACAUAAAUAGUAUCUGCACAUUCUAUGGCUGUCCAUUGCUUUGCAGGUGAUAUGGAAGUUGAGGAGGGGCUUGAUGAUUGGGCGAAAGAAGUGAAGGCAUUUGAGGAGACGAAGGCCGGGGUCAAAGGUCUUGUAGACUCUGGUGUCACAAAAGUACCCAGGAUAUUUGUACAUCCACGGGCUGAAUUGCUAAAACCAGAGGUAUUGAGUGAGGAAAGCAGUGGUGAAUCCAGAGUUCCGCUCAUAGACCUUCGUGGAGUUGAAGGUGUUGAAAGAAAGGAUAUAGUGGAACAGAUCCGACAAGCAUGUGAACAUUGGGGAUUCUUUCAGAUGGUGAAUCAUGGAAUGGAUGUUAGUGUGAUUAACGCAACUCUGGAGGCUACACGAAGGCUCCAUGAGCAGCCAAGUGAGGACAAGGUGGGAUUGUUUUCGGAUGACAGUAGCAAGAAGGUUAGGUUGUAUACUGUCAAUGGAUCAGUCCACAAAUCCAGGCCUGGUCCUUGGAGGGAUGCUCUAGCUUGUGCUUAUUUAGAUGAUACACUAGACUCUGAGGAAAUACCUCAAAUCUGCAGGAAAGAAAUGGAAGAUUAUGUGCAGUCAAUUAUAAAACUCAGAGAGACCCUAUCAGAAUUGCUAUCUGAAGCUUUAGGGUUGAGCAGUGACUACCUAUCACGCAUUGAAUGCAUGAAAAGCGAGUUCUUGACCUGGUUAUAUUAUCCCGCUUGCCCUGAGCCCGAGCUUGCCUUUGGAGCUCCACAGCAUUCAGACCCAACAUUUCUAACUAUACUACUACAAGACACUAUUGGUGGCCUCCAAUUUCUUCAUCAAGAUCACUGGGUAGAUGUUCCUCCGAUUCCCGGUGCUCUGAUAGCCCACAUUGGAGAUCUAAUGCAGAUCAUUUCCAACGACAAAUUCAAAAGUGCGGAUCAUAGGGUGCUGGCACGCAGUGAUCAAAUAAGGGUAUCCGCGGCAUGUUUUCUGUAUCCCAGCGCCAAGAACCUACUAAAGCCAUACAGUCCGAUAAUGGAGCUUAUGUCUGACAACAACCAACCUCUGUACAAAGAAGUAUCACCCUUGGAAUAUGCAAUCUAUCAUCAGUCCAGAGCAAUGGAUGGUACGUCGACGCUUUCUCACUAUAAACUAUGACUUGAUGGCAUCUUGUAUAAGAAAGUAGAAGUGUUUUUCUGUUGAAUUUUCCAGGACUUGUAAUAAAACUAGCUUAUGCAUGUAUAAAUUCAUCAAAAUCCAGAUGUUUGUUUCUUUAUUCCUACACAGUACAGUAAAAAGACAGCAGCUUUUAAGCUUACAAAAGAAAUUUUAUAUGAUACUUCAUUUUACAAGUCUGUUU